UGCCCUAGAAGGUCUACCGUAUCCUUGAGGUUUAAAAGUCAAUUGUUUUCCAGAUCAAGUAUCCUCAAGCGUCUUUAAUUUGUCUUAUUUUAAGCUCGAAUGGUCUUUCUCAAUUGGAAUGGACGAGGAGCUCACUGUUUUCAGGGCAGGGACAAAGGACGGGCCUUCAUUUUCAUUUUUAAGUGGACAAGACCACAAUGCACGAGGAAAGAAUGGGUUUGUCCAACAGCCACGGGAUUUCUGGAUGGUUACCGAGCGCGCUCUGUUCUUUCCCCUCAAUCAAAGAGAGGAAACCACAGUUCGUCUGUUCAAAGCCGCUAUUUGGCCAAGUGACCAUGAUGAGCUUGUGGUGAAAAAGCAUUCCAAGUUCAAUGGAAUAUAUGUUGCUGAAGGUACAAGCGAAAAACAAUUGAAGGAACAACUGGAAUCACUGGAUUGGAAAGAAAUAAAACUUGAAACAUGUGAAGGUGGAAUGUCCCUCAUGAAUUUCAGCACACUCGUGAGAGCUGUUCUAGUGUACAUGAAGGAUCAUUACCCCACCACGCCUGAUGAGUACAACUUUCAAGCUGAGUUAAAGGCCGCCAGUCAUUGGUAUUGGUAUCCAAACAGCAAUAAAAAUCCUAGCCAUGAGGAUGGGGAUUGUUCCUCGAUGAAGCUUCCAGAACUCAUCACGGGUCCCCACAGAGAUACACGCGUGAAAAUAGCAGCACUAGAAACUUGCAAAAAAUGGGUCAGCGUCCUUAAAAAGUUAAAAGAUGAAUCAUCCCAUAACAAAAGCCCUCAAAAGGUUGAAGAGGAUGAGGAUUCUUCACCUGACGAGGAUGAAAAUGAGGAACGCAUUUAUGAUCUCGAGGAAAGCAUUUUUGAUUUGAAGACAUACUUCGAUUUUCAAGAAAACGAUCUUCGCAAAAGCCGACGGAAAUCAAAGAAACCGCACAGUGGAAAAUGUACGAGUGAAGCUAGAGGUCCGCUAACCCUCUAAAUCAAGUCAUUGACCAGACUGCAUUUCAUCAAGUACAUGCAAUGGCAAAAAUGUCGUAAAUUUUUUUCUUUUGAUUUGCUGUUGUCAUAUUCAAAUGACGGCUUUUUAUAAAUAAUUUUGCGACUAUAUUUUCUAAUUCUGAUAAUGAAUUUUUAGUGUAAAAUUUAUUUUGGUACUGUUGGUUGUAUUUCAAGUGAUGUCAUAACUUCUGAUUUUUUUUUCAGAAUACUUCGUUUUUUACAUAUUUAAGCAAUUUCUAAUUGUACAAAUCGAUUCCGAGCACCAGAUUUUUUAAGAAUUUCUUAGCAAAAAAAAUGAUAGUCACACUCGGAACGGAAAUGGAAUUCUAGUGGUAAUUUGUAGCAUUACAUUAAGUAGGUAGAUCUCGUUCUCUCUAAUAAGAGACCAAUGAUAAGAACGAUGGUGAACCUUGUCAUCAUGAUUAACACUUUUAGGUCAAAGAAGCGUCAGGGUAGCCCUAGACCCCUUGACUUUGUCGUUUGAUGCAUGCUCGGUUUCAAGAUCUAGCAAAGACAAACAUCAUGAUGCAUAAAGCAUUUAAUAUAUGCACACUUAAAAAAUAAGUUUUACAUAUGGCUCACAUAGCGAUAGUGGGGUGAAAUACUUCAAUGAAGUACACAAAUGUUAACACAUACAUGUUUUCGCUGACACGAAUAUUUUACCUUUUCAUUAAAGGUCUGCUUGUUUUGCUAUAAAUCUGAUAUAUUUAUCACGCAACCUUUUCCUCGGUUCACCAAAGGCGUCUAUUUCCCCUACCUGAUCCACUGAGUUCGUCUCACUUUCACUGUUUCGCGUUCCAAAAAGUUUUCCUUACAAUUUUUUUUUCAUCAAAUAACUUCCUGAGACUCUUGCCUCAGCAAUGAGAGGACUCCCAUUCUCAAACAAAAAUUUACAGUUCAGCCCUUGGAUUUGUUUAUUUAUUUCUUUUUUCCUUUUUUCCUUCUCCUUUGAGUUCAGUUUGGUCGCUUUUUUUAUUCUUUUUUUUAUUUUAUUCUAGUACUUUGCCAAUUGGCAAUUAGCUAAUGGAAGGAUUUCUGCGAGUGUGUUAACUUAUACUAGCUUUAGCAACAACAUUUCGCUGAUAUAAAUGACAAAGAUGCCGCUUAAAAAAAAAUUCAUAACUGUGUGAGUUUUUCAAGUCAUAAGCGAAAGAGGAUACUACUGAACUUCUUUUUUGCACAUGUGCAAAGUUUUGAGCGGGAAAAAAAACGUUCAAAUCUCAAAUCGUAUAAAAAAAUUUAAAGUUUUUUAGGCGAACCCCCAGCCACCGGUUUGAUAGGGCGACUUUCGUUCAUUUCCACGGAGAAACUGGUACAUUUUCGAAAUUAAGGUUCGUUGUGCUCCUGAGAACUAACCAAUUCUGGAACUACUAGCUAUCAUUUUGAAUAAAUUUAUCAGGAGUUUUACCAUUCAGAGUAACAGAUGUGCUUUACCGAGCAGUUUUUCCUUUUUCAUGCAGAUUCACAUGCCUUAAAAAGCAUUGACUGAUUAAUGAUAGACACCACUCAAGUGUCGACCAAAAUAAAAAUCCAGAACCAAGUCAGAUCAGGACAACAUUCGCUGAAAGUUUAAGGCCAGUCGUUCAGGGCACGGUGCAGUUUGUAUCACCGAAGACAUGACACCAGAAAACUGUUGACAUUGACAUGUGUUUGUUCAACCGAAGGUCUCAAUGAGUUGAUGGCUCCUGCGUUUAAGAGCUAAACUUUUGGCCAUUGUACGGCCAACGGUUAAUUUCUUUUCGUUGCGAUUAAAAGAAAACAAAUUACGUUAGAGUUUUCUUUUCAGUACGACUAACGGUCAAGAGUUAUCAAUUUUUACGCCCUACGACUUAAUGUUUAUGCCAUUUCACAGCUAUCGGUUAACCGCAUUGAAGCCCUCUCUAUUUUCUUUUUUCUGCAUAAUCACCGUUUGACUAAAAUCGCCCUGACUAGCUGAAACUUUAGAAGAUUACAACAUAAAGAAUUAAUGAGUCCUUCAGUUCAGUUCCAAACUGGUCCUCUUGUCGAUGAGUAGCUUUUAUAACAUAAUCAAAGUAAAGCGCGCGCUCUGAUUGGUCAAUUUAGCGUCCCCCAUUUGCCCAUGCGU